AUGUCGGACGAAACUGAUUACUCGUCGCUUCCGAUUGAAGACCGUUUGGUCCACAAAGUGUGGAAAGUGAGACUCGAGGCGUAUGACCAAAUUACCAAGCAGUUUGAAGGCUCAAGAAGCAGCCAGGACGAAUGUUUCCAAAGAUUUAAUUCACAACCCCAAGAGUUUAAAAAGAUCAUAACAGACGCUAAUGUGGUUGCACAGGAAUCUGGUAUACAGGCAUUGUUAAGAUAUCUCGAAUAUGGGGCAACCCCGCAAUCCGUUUCCAGGUUAAGAUCAGCCAAUGUGGUGUCGAGCUUGUGUGAAAAGGGACUUUCAUCCAAUAGAGUGGGGACAAAGGAGAAGUCCAUUCAAUGCAUACUAAUGUUUAUUGAAAUUUCUAACGAAAUUGAUGGCAUAUUAGAAGAUAUCUUGUCAUUUUUGGGUAACAGAUUGCCCAAAUUAGUCAGUGGUUGUGUCAAUGCGUUGGCACAGAUCGUCUCCAACUUUGGGUGCCAAGUUGUUCCAGCUAAAUUAAUUAUACCUCAUUUAUCUAAAUUAUUUGCACACGCUGACAAAAACGUAAGAGCAGAGGCUCAAAAGUUGACUGUCGAAUUAUACAAGUGGAUGAGGGACGCCCUAGUCAAUAUCUUGUAUCCAGAAUUAAAACCUGUGCAGCAAAAAGACCUAACGAAGGAAUUUGAAAAGAUUGAAGAAGGAAGACCGACACAAUUGAGAUUCACCAGAAAGCAACAAGAAGAGAUUGAAAGAAGGAAAAUUGAAGCUGAGGAAGCCGCUGCUGCUGCUGCUGCGGCUGCGGCGGCGGCUGGUGAAGGGGGAGCUUCUGGAGAACAACCAGCAUAUGGUGACGAUGUCGAGAUGAGAGACGCAGAAGAUGAUGCUGCAGAUUUCAAUCCAUAUGAUCUCGUGGAACCAACUGAAGUAUUGUCUAAAUUACCGUCAGAUUUCCACGCUAGAAUAUCAUCAGCCAAGUGGAAAGAUCGUAAAGAAGUGUUGGACGAAGUUCAUGCUAUUUUAGAGAAAACUGUGAAACUUGAAACAAAGGAUGACUACUCUGAUAUCAUGAGAAUUUUCACUAAAUGCAUGAAGGAUGCUAACGUCCAAGUUGUUCAAUUGGCGGCUAAUUGUGUUGAGUUCUUGUCCAAGGGCUUGCAAACAAACUUCCAGAGAUAUCAAAACAUGAUAUUGGCUCCAAUGCUUGAAAGAACAAAGGAAAAGAAGCCAAGUGUUGCAGAUGCAUUAAACAACUGUCUUGAUGCCAUAUUCAAAGGAUCGUCCUUGAGCGAUGUAUUGGAAGAAACAUUGAAUGGGAUGAAACAUAAAACCCCUCAAGUCAAAAUUUCAACCAUCAAUUACCUUCAAAGAUGCCUUGCCGAAACGAAAAUAGCUCCAAAAAGAGUAGAAAUUGAUGCCAUAAUGGAAGUUGGUGUAAAAUUAUUGGCUGAUUCGCAAGAACCUGUAAGACAAGCAUCAACUGAAAUGAUUGGUACAUUGAUGAAGAUAACAGGAGCUAGAGAAUUGAAUUCGUUUUUGGAAAAAGUUGAUGAGAAUAGAAAGGCAAAAGUCAUGGCAUUUUAUGAAUCCGUCCAAGUUAAGGCCAAAAAGACCGUCGAGGUACCAAAACAAGCCCCUAGAACAGCUGGCAAUAAUUCUAGUGCUGCUAAUUCCAUCAGAAGACCAUCAAGCAUCGCUUCCACUACGAGACCAGUUCGUUCAACUACAGGUUCCACCGCUGCUAGUAAUAUAGGGUCUGGGGCCAAGAAACUAACGUUACCGUCAGCAGCAGCAUCUACAUUAAAGAAACCUCGAUCUGCACUUAAUUCUAUACCUACAAAGAGAUUGGCUACAUCUCCAGCCAAAAGAACUGACUCUGAAGUUCCAAGAAGUUCCGUUGGAAGAAUCGGAGGUCUCACUAGCGGCCCUGUAUCACGAUUGUCAAAUCCCUCUAGAAAUGAAGAAGGACUAUCAUCUGCAGAAAAGGAAGAAUUGAUUUCCUUGCGGGAGCAGGCGCAAAAGUGGAAGGCACAGGAGUUAAAAUACAAACAGGAAUAUCAGCAAAGAGUUGAAGAGGAACGAAGCCAGUUCGAAGAGGAAAUAGCAGGAUUACAGAGGAAAAAUGAAAGUCUCUUGAAGGAAUAUAAUGGCAGCUUAAUCACAUUAAAACAGAGAGACACGCAAAUAUUAAGGUUGACCAGUGAUUUGGAAAGCUCCAAGUUACGAAUUCGCGAUUUACAACAAUCCAUUGAAGUUUCCAAUUUAUUGAAUGGACAACAACAACAACAGCAACAACAACAACAUCAUCAACAUCAACAUCAACAUCAAGAACAAGGACAGCAGCAACAGACUCGAAACCAUGGUCAGGGCGACCAACUGCCACUGAAAUUUCUUCACUCAGCUAGUAACCCUACCAAUGGUGGCAUAGGCCCCAACAGAUAUUCCACUUCUUACCUUUCAGAUUACCAAGGUACUCGUCUUUCUUCUAGUGAGCUUAGUUCAAGAGUCAAGAGGCUUUCCAUUGACCCGGACUUAAGGGACCAUAGCACUAGACAAGAUUUAGCAAGUAACCGAUUUACAAGUCCCCAGAAGAUAUCUGAGAGCACAAAUACGUUCGAUAAUGGAAAUAAGGAAUCCAUGGACCUUAAUACUAAUGAUGAUAGCUGGAAACGUGCUGCAGAGGUCACCAAUCAGUUGAAGGCUAGAAUUGAGAAGAUGAAAGCAAGAUCGAGAGUGAACUUUCAAUAG